AUGCCACCGAAAGGAAGAAGACAAGCGCCGAGCUCUUCUACUCAGCGACAAGCGAAGAAGGCUGUGAGCUUUACGGAGUCUGCGCCGGGGUCUGUGGCAUAUGAUCCUAACGACUUGAGCUCUACCUUACAAGCUCAGGGAUUAUAUGCCAAAGACGUUCUCGGAGAUGGCAAUUGUCUUUUCAGAGCGCUUUCGGAUCAGUGCUAUGGUGAAGUCUCGCAUUAUGCCGAAAUCAGGGAGAAGUGUGUCGAGUACAUGAAAGCCUACGAAGACGACUUUAAAUGCUUCGUCGGUGAAGAUGAAGAAUGGGAUCACUACGUUCGACGGAUGGCAUCAGAUGGCGUCUACGGCGAUAACCUCGAAAUCGUAGCUUUCGCCCGUUCCUACGACCGCGACGUCAAGAUCUACCAACCCGGCCUCGCCUACAUCGUCUCCUCGAACCCUUCCUCAACACCCGAAGAAUCCGCUGCACGCGCCAAAGAGAACCCUGCAAACCUCCUCCAUAUCGCAUACUACUCCUGGGAACACUACGCUUCCGUCCGGAACAUCAGCGGCCCGCACACAGGCCCACCGGAAAUCGCCUAUAGACCGACUGUUGAGGAGAAGAAGGAGACGAAGAGGAAGGCGAAGGUAGAUGCUGUGAAGGAGAAGAUUGUAUUGGCGAGUUUGAGUCAUCCUGUGGGUGUUGAGGCUGUACGGAGAGCGCUGGAGGAUGCGGGUGGAAGUGUAGCUGUUGCCGUAGAAAAGUUGCAGCAAGCAGAGGCCGAGAAGGAGGCAAGCGGACUUGUGGAUGGGAAGGAGGAGGAGCGGAAUGAGGCUCUUGUUGGAAGUGCGGUUAUUGCUGAGGCAGGUGCGGCAGAGGAGAAGGCGAAGGACGAGGAGCCAGCGAAGGAGGAAGUGAAGCCAGCGAAACCAGUACGAACAAAACCCGUUGCUGCACCGGCAGUCAAGGCAGCGCGUAUGUCGGCUGCCCAGCGCAAGGAUCUGGCGAAGAAGAAACAGAAGGAGCAAGCGAAGCUGAAGAGGCAGAACGAGUUUGUCAAUGGAGAGGAUGUGAGCAAGAUUGCCGACGCAAUGAAAACGGUGCAUAUCUAAGAUACCAUAGCGAACGAGUUGAGAGCAUAAUGGGGCAAGAAAAGGCGAUGAACCGGAAGUGCAAUGGCGAACGAGGCAGCACCAAGAUAUCAUGGAGUAACAAGGAAAGGACAUUAAGCGC